AGCGUAAACUUUUAAACGGUAAUGCUCUUCUUGAGAGAUUAAAUCCAGAGUUUAAGGCAAAGUAUGCCAUUAACAGCUUGCAACAUCCUCAUUUGCGAAUCAUGUCCCGUAUGCUACGGAGAAAGGUGCGUGAUGUACGCUAUCGGUGACGUACUGAUGAGAUCGACAAGUGUUUGCUCCAACUUAUCAAUCUGAAACCUUACAUUAAGAUAUUUGGCCUGGUUCUUGCUCCCUUCGUUCCUAAAUAUUUGUUUUUCUAGACAUUUCAAAUGGUUACAACAUACGGAUGUAUGUAGACAUAUUUUGAAAUCAAACUGAUUGUCCGGAUGAUGUUAUGGAUUGUCUUGAGGAAAGCUGUCAUCCACAAUCUGACCUUUGGCAAGGUUAUGCACUAAGGGCAGUUGAUAUUUUCCUUGAUUCGUUGUUGAUUUUCUGGGAGCCUCAGUUUCAUCCCUUGAUACGCGAGAGCCACAAGAAGCUACUGCUAACAAGUGCCCGUGAGUUAGCUGAAGGGUGUGCAAUUAUUCAGCCAUUGGAACCUGACCCUGAUGAUUUCUUGGCGCAUUUGCGGCCAUAUGCAUCGGUAUACUUCGAGAGUAAGAAGGAACAGUCUGGGUAUUAUACAGCUAAAAAACAAGUACGUCUGCAUGAAGAGUUUGAUAAUUAUAUGGAUAAUUAUUUGGCGACAUGCACACGGGAUGAUGCUAUUGACUUCUCUUCUUUCAUGGAAAGUGCUCGCAGAGAUGAUGAGAGUGGUCAGUUUGAAGAACUGGAUAACGAUCUUGCCAAAAUGUCCUUUGAGCGAAUGACCAAGAUUGCUAAGCGGGAACACGAAAUGAACGGUUACACUCAGAGCUUGAGAGAUCUUAAUGAUGAGGUGAAAGGUCAACUUGCAAGUUUGAUGGAUCUGCUGGAUGAAGAAGGCUUUUUCAGUAUUGAUUCUUCUUCUAUUGAUUGGGAAAAAGAAUCGUUUAAGAAAUUAUUGGAUACAUUUAAUGCUUUGACUGGGCAUUGCUUUGAUGGAUGUUAUGCAAUCCGAGCAAUAAUGGAUCUUCAAAAAUUCUUACCAAGAAAGGAUGAUGAUACAUCUCAUGACGCUGUUAAAAUGGUUGAUUUUGCAAACGAGGCGUGGAAGGGAAAUCUUGAGCAUUUUUGGAGGGACACAAGGCAUUAUGAACAUAAAUACUACGACAUGCUUAGACAACCUCUUGAGAAGGUGUUCAAAUCAAGUGAGUUUGUACCGAUGAGGCCUACGUAAUAGGAUCACAUAAAUUGCAGAUAUCUGAUUCUGGGGAAAUCAGAUCGAGCAACACAAGUUCAGGGCAGAAGAUGCUAGUAAUUUUCAUGGCACACCCUUUUUAGCUAUUUGUUCGUUUAGAGCAUCUUUUUCAUGGGGCAUUUAACAUGCUGCUCUGGGUAUGGAUUGAAUUCUGCGAAACGUUGUGUUGCUGGACGAUCACCUAAUAGCUCGGUGUUGUGUUCGCACGGAUGCCUCUGGAUUAAUUUUUGGAGUUGUGCACUUGUGCUCACUGCCCAUUCAAAUAUGUGUAUAAACCAAGGAUUAGAUUAUAUGUGUAUGGAAUUUGCAUUAUUGCAACAAAAACAAUGUCAGCGCACGUACCACCAAUACCACCAAGACAAUCACCGGCUUCACCCGGAGGCGCGUCGACAGCAGGCCCAAGAGAAUUGUGCAGCCCAACUGAAAUUUCGUUAGGCCGGAUUGGGCCUGCUGAACCCACUCGCCAGGCAGCUCGCUACUUAAGGCCACAGACGACAGAGAGAUAGGCAUCCAGAAGGAUCAGGACAGACGGCGGCUUCUCUCCCUUCCCCACCUACUUUCCUUUCUUCCCUUCCAAGAACAGCAGGGCUGGAAUGUAAUUCGAAUUCGUGCAAGUAUAUCGUGAGAUAGUGAUAGAUC